CGGCCUGGCGCGCGGCUGCGCCCACCGGCUCCGCGCCGCCGCCGCCGCCGCCCCGCCGCCCCGCCGCUCCCCCGGCCCGCGGGCCUCCCGGGCUAGUGCGCCGGCCGGCCUGCCUCGGCCCGGGGACCCCGCGCCCGCCGCCGCGCCGCGCCCCGGCCGGGCGUGGAUGGAGGGCGCCGCGCGCCUUGCCCGCUGCUCGGCGUGACGCGGGCCCACUGCCCCGCGCCCACCAUGUCCUACCCGCAGGGCUACCUGUACCAGGCUCCCGGCUCGCUGGCGCUCUACUCGUGCCCGGCGUACGGCGCGUCGGCGCUGGCGGCGCCGCGCAGCGAGGAGCUGGCUCGCUCGGCGUCGGGCUCGGCGUUCAGCCCGUACCCGGGCUCCGCGGCCUUCACGGCGCAGGCGGCCACCGGCUUCGGCAGCCCGCUGCAGUACUCGGCCGACGCCGCCGCCGCCGCCGCCGGCUUCCCGUCCUACAUGGGCGCACCGUAUGACGCCCACACGACCGGGAUGACAGGCGCCAUCAGCUACCACCCGUAUGGCAGCGCGGCCUACCCGUACCAGCUCAACGACCCAGCCUACCGCAAGAACGCCACGCGGGAUGCCACGGCCACGCUCAAGGCCUGGCUCAACGAGCACCGCAAGAACCCAUACCCCACCAAGGGCGAGAAGAUCAUGCUGGCCAUCAUCACCAAGAUGACCCUCACGCAGGUGUCCACCUGGUUCGCCAACGCGCGCCGCCGCCUCAAGAAGGAGAACAAGAUGACAUGGGCCCCGAGAAACAAAAGCGAGGACGAGGAUGAGGACGAGGGUGACGCUGCGAGGAGCAAGGGGGAGAGUCCAGACAAGGCGCAGGAGGGCACGGAGACAUCAGCGGAGGAUGAAGGGAUCAGCCUGCACGUCGACUCGCUCACGGAUCACUCGUGCUCAGCCGAGUCGGAUGGGGAAAAGCUGCCUUGUCGGGCCGUGGACCCCCUGUGCGAGUCGGGCUCCGAGUGCAAGGAUAAGUACGACGACCUGGACGACGACGACGAGGACGACGAGGAGAGCGAGCGGGACCUGGCGCCACCCAAGCCCGUGACCUCGUCGCCGCUCACUGGCGUGGAGGCGCCGCUGCUGAGCCCCCCGCCCGAGGCCGCGCCCCGCGGUGGCGGCGGCGGCAAGAUGCCCCUGGGCAGCCGGACGUCGCCGGGCGCGCCGCAGCCCGCCAGCAAGCCCAAGCUGUGGUCUCUGGCCGAGAUCGCCACGUCGGACCUCAAGCAGCCAAGCCUGGGCCCGGGCUGCGCGCCGCCGGGGUUGCCUGCGGCCGCCGCGCCCGCCUCUUCCGGGGCGCCGCCGGGCGGCUCGCCCUACCCCGCCUCGCCGCUGCUCGGCCGCCACCUCUACUACACGUCGCCCUUCUACGGCAACUACACAAACUACGGGAACUUGAACGCCGCGCUGCAGGGCCAGGGGCUCCUGCGGUACAACUCGGCGGCCGCGGCCCCGGGAGAGGCGCUGCACUCCGCGCCCAAGGCGGCCAGCGACGCGGGCAAGGCGGGCGCGCACCCGCUGGAGCCCCACUACCGGCCCCCGGGCGGCGGCUACGAGCCCAAGAAAGAUGCCAGUGAGGGCUGCACCGUGGUUGGUGGGGGCGUCCAGCCCUACCUAUAGAAGGCCCGUGGGCAGCAUGCAAGUAGGUGUCACAAUUGCUUUGGAAAAAAAAAAGUCAGCAGGCCAUUCUCUCUCCCCACGUUCAUAAAUAUACGAUAUAAACACACAUCUCUGAGCCCGGACCACAUCUCAUGCCACCAUAAAGGAGAAGGACCCACAGACUCUAACGGAACAGACUCUUUUUGGACAUAACCGUGAAUUUGUUGGCAUAGUAUAGCUUCCCCAAUGUACGUGUGACUUUUGAAAACAAUCUUUUUUCUCAGGAUAUCUUGAAUUGAUCACUUCAUUGCCACGGUAUAUAUUCUAUAGGUGUGAUAGGAUUUACUGUAAAAUUUAUUUGUAAAAGAUGUACACAGUAGAAAUAAAAUGUGAUUGAAGAACUUGAGUACUUAAGAAGUGAAAACAAAUUUGAUAUUUAUUUUUAUAAGGAUAUAAAGCUUCUAGUAAUUUAUGCAAGUUGUAUUGCAAUGGAAUCUAAACUUUUUGUAAAUAAAUUCUGCCUGGUUUUUAUUUGAACAUUGCUGGUUCUACAAUCUUUGUUGGUUGUUUAACAAGAAUUCUUUACUAAUUUAUAUCUUAAAUUGUAAAUAAAAACAGACUAGUCUACGACAA